UUAUUUGGAAAAUUUUGCAGCGUCCGGACGUACGUCGAUCGCAUAAUUUGUCACUUUUAUUUUUUUUCUUGUGCGAUUUCGUUCUGCCUGCCAAACGCAGCGACCCAACUGAGGAGCAGGAGUAAAUCCGAUCGGCUCAAGUCGACCGAAUGGCGAAAUGAAGCGUGACGACAGGGCGAAUGUGCUCAGCGCAACGAAAAGUGGGCGCGAGUGAUACCGAGAAACAGAUUCGAUUCCCAAUUUGUCGCGUCGUUCUCUCGAGCUCAAGAGAUCGAAAACAACGCGAAAUAAAAGUGAAAACGUGCAAAAGGCACAGCGCAAACAAAUAACAACAACAACAGACUAAACUUUGGUCAAAAUGUGCGACACGGCGGCAACAACAACUACAACAGUUGCGGCAACUACAACGGUGGCAGCAGCGUCGUCGGUGUCUGGCCCUGGAACGAGCCAGAGUCAGGGAACGGCAGCGGCUACAGCAGCGACUGCAGGAGCCACACCGCCAGCUACAACCACAGCGAAACCCGAGCAGCAGCAGCGGGCGCGACAAAACUGCUGCCGCCUCUGCAUUGCCCCGGCCUCGGAAUGCAUUUCGAUCAUCAAUAGCUAUGCGGCCGACAAGGAGCCGCUCUCUACAAAAAUCCACAACUGUGUGAACAUCAAGAUAACACCGCAAGAUCGGCUGUCACUGCAGAUCUGUCACGCCUGCAUCAGCUACUUAAACUCGUGGCAGAGCUUUAAGAAUCGCUCGGUGAGCGCACAGAGCAAACAGCGUCAGUGGCUGGAGGCCAACAAGAGCAAGCUGCUCAGCUAUUUGGAUUUGAACAGUGCCGAGAAUGGAGGAGGUCAUCAGCAGCACCAACAGAACCAGUCACAGCAGCAGCAUCAGCAGCAUCAUUCGGAGAAUGACAUCGAUUUGGAGAAGCCAUCGGCCGCUCAAAUAUUGGACGGCAUACCAUCGCUGAAGAAACGCAAAUCCCUAACAGUCUAUCCACUGCCCGCUAUACCCAUCAAGGAUGAGCCCAUUGACACCGAUGAUGACUAUCAAAUGAAAUCGUUGGACGAAUCCGAAGACAUGGUCGAUCCCACAAUGUUCCUAGAACGCUCCGAGCACGAGGGCGAUAUACCACUAAUGACCUCCGACUAUGAUUAUACGGCACAGCAUGGUGUGAAUGCAGAGACAGCGGCCGCCUCGUUGCCGCCUAAUGCUGUGGCCAAUGUGGCCGCCGCCGGGGACUCGAAGGUGGCCAGCUGCCGGGCAUGCAGUCUUCAGUUUUCGACACGUGCCAAUGCCCGUCGCCACGAGCGGAAUUUGCACCCAAAUCUAUUCCAAUUGUCGACAGACUCGCCCAACAAUACGCCCAUCACAAAGCCCACCCCGGCACUGGCGGCAGCACUGGAGAUACAGCGUGCCGCCGCCGAGGCGGCCACCGAGGAGGCCAGCAAGGCUGCCGGCGCUGCCGGUGGCAAUAUAUCGACCCAAAAGUAUCGCCAGGUGGUCAUGAAUGCCUUCAUCAAGUGCGAGGGCGGCGGCUUCAACUACGACAGUCCCGAGCAAUAUCAGCCGCUGCUCACCCGCGACAAGGUGGAGUUUAUCGAGCAGAAUUACGAAUUCCUCGAGCAGUACCAGACGAUGACAUGCCGCUGCUGCGACAAAUACUUCACUACGUACAAGAACUUUAUGGCGCAUGUGCGCAAAAAGUAUCCGCUGUUGCCGCGUAAUCUCUGCUUCAACUGCCUCAAGAUGAACGAAUCGAAGGCGCUCUUCAUAUCGCAUCUCAAGAAGCGCAACUGCAUCAAUCUGUAUCGCGUGCUGAACGCACUGCGCGGCAAGCAGCCCAACUUCCAUCCCUCGACGUCUGACAUGGGAUCGUUUGGUGGCGAGACGAGCAACACAGCGAUCACCAGUCCCACUGUCGUUGUGGCGCCACUGCUGAUGGAUAACAGCUCGAGCGGCGAGAGGCCAGAGAAGCUGCGCGCCAAGGAGCUGCUGGUGAAUAAGCUUUACGAGUGCAAGCUCUGCCCGAAGGGUUUCCGCACCAAGCACGAGUUCCGCACUCAUGUGUACGACAAGCAUGCGGACGUGCAGCGCAAGGAUAACAAUUCGAUUCAGUGCAGCUUCUGCGGCCUGGACUUUGCCGAUCCCGUGGACAGGCGACGGCACUACAACAACAUGGACUGCAUUGUCCGCCUGCGCUGCAUGACGUGCGAUGCGAAAGUGGAGACGCAUCAGCGUUUCCUCGAUCAUGUCUAUCAGGAUCAUUUGGGUGGCAUCAGCAGCGACAAUGCCUCCACGGCGAGCGGAUUGGUCGGCAGCAGCAGCAUUGAAAACUCACCUGGCAAGCGGAGUCUAUUGGGCGCCCUUGGUAUUGGUGUUUGCUCUCCCGCCGAUGAGUCACGCAGCGGCAGUGCGGCAGCGGCAGCCGCAGGAGGAUCAGCAGGGGCAGCACCCAAUCAAACAUCAACGCCAAAGCCAACAUCGGGAGGUGGUGGAGUGGCGUGCACAACACCUGGCGGCAGCGGCGGCUCCCUAAAUCGUGACAGCGCACCCAAGUCGCAGUAUUUCUCACGCAUGCCACAGGUAUGCCCCAUCUGUGGGCAGCAGUACAACAACUACAACAACGUGCUGCGGCACAUGGAAUCGAAGCAUCCAAACAAACUGCCCGAAACAUACAAAUGCGUCCGCUGCGGCCUGGGCUAUCCACGAAUCUCGUAUCUCCGCGAGCACAUGAUCAAUGUGCAUGGCGUGGACAAGAAUCGCCAUUCCGGUGGCUUUGAGUAUAUUGUGAAUGCGGAUGCCGUCAAGCUGGCCGAUGGCAGUACACCGAACGUGUCCACGGGUCGCUACGACUACGUGAUGAAGGAUCUGAUGUCAAUAACAAAUGGUGGGACACUCGAUGACGACGAGGAGGAGACUGGCAGCGUGGCCAAGAAGAUACGCCUGGAUGAUAGCAGCAAUAACAGCAGCCUGGUGGGCGGCGUGGCCAGCCAGCAAAAGGAAUGCCCCAUCUGCAAUGCGCUCUUUAGCAACAAUAUUGGCCUGUCCAACCACAUGCGCUCCCACUACACGGCCUCGAAUUCGGUGAAUGCCGCUCUGGUGGCUGCCAAUCGCAUGACGCCCAAGUCGCUGACGAUAACCGCCACACCAGCCACAGAGACGGUCACCUCAUCGGCAGCCUCACUCGAUGUGGACGAUGAUGAGGGGAUUAUAGCGCUUGAGACGGCACAGAUAAUGGCCAGCGUGAAUGCUGCCAGAGCGGCUAGAAUUGCUGGUGCUGCUGGUGCUGGUGCUGCUGCAUCUUCUGUGCCGCCUGCCAUGGCCAAUCAGACGCCCCAGGAGCAGGCAGUCUUUCGUCGCAGCUUGGAUCAGGCGGCGGAUCGUCGCUUCCGGCGCAUGCGCUGCCGCAUCUGUCAGCGGCGUUUCAGCUCAAAGAAAUCGUAUCGCUAUCACAUGCUCACCGACCAUCAGGUGCAGAAUGUGCAGUUCAUCAAAUGCAAGCUGUGCAAUGCAGAGUUCGCCUACGAAAAGGGCCUGAAGGUGCAUCUGUUCAAGGUGCAUGGCCGUGCGAUCAAGGACGAGAUGAUUGUGAAGCAAUUCGAGUGCGAUGUCUGCUCGAUUGUGUACAGCUCGGAGCUGGAGCUGAAGCAGCACAAGAAGAGUGUCCAUAAGUUGACAUCAUCCGUCUCGGUGUCGGUGUCGGCAUCGGCAUCCGCCUCGGCAUCGGCCUCGGCAUCAGCCUCUGUCUCUGCCUCUGCGUCCACAUCCUCCAAAAUGGAUGACGAUUCCAUGAUGCUGGAGGAGAUGGGCGGCAAUAGAAGCCGCCACCAUCAACAUCAGCACCACAGCAGCAAGGCGUCUGGCGAUACGGUCGAUCAGUCCAUCAUUUCUGGUGCGGCUGCCACAGCCACAACGACGCCGCUGUAUUGGUACCAAUGCAAAUACUGUCCCUCUAACUUUAACACCAACAAGAAGCUGGCCAUCCACAUAAACUCGCACGACGAGUUCGACUCGAAUGAUUAUUCGUGCAAGGACUGCGGCAAUGUCUACAGCGGCCGCAAGAGUCUUUGGGUUCAUCGCUACAAAAAGCAUCCGCAGGUGCCCGACCCCAUUGAGUGCACGCUGUGCCGCAAGGUGUUCUUCGAUCAUCAGAUGCUGGACAAUCAUACGCCCACCUGCAACCGCAAGCCGAUUACCGCCACUGGGGCGCAUCAGCAGGAGCUGCUGACGCAGGCAAAUCAAUCGCAGGGUCGUGCCAUAUUCCGACACAAGACUGGCGACGAUGAUGAUGAGGAAGACCUGCAGCAGCAUCCGCAACAGCUGCAGCAACAGCAACAGAGGCGUAACCAUCAGGAUGCAGGCGAUGCAGUGGCAACAGUGACAGCAGCAACUGCUGCAGCGGCAGCCACAUCGAGUGGUGGCGGUGGCGGCAGUAGCAAAAAGAUGCGCAUACCGGAGGUGGCAUGCACCAUUUGUGGUGCACGCUUCACCGAUCAGGAGCACUUUAGCAAGCACAUACAGAAGCAUGAACAGGAUCUGUAUGUGGAUAACCCAUUGGCGGCAAUGUUCGAUGAUGGGCCAGCGGAUGCGGCACAGUUCAAGGUCGAGGGCCAGAACGAGAACGGGGAAUAUGCGUGCGAUAUGUGCACGAAGACAUUCCCCCAGGUGAUUGCACUCAAAGUGCAUCGCAAGUGGCAUUUCAGAGGUGAUAGCAAGCAGAACCACAUCGACAGCGAAGCGACGAAUAUCAACAACAACAACAACAAUUUGGUGAACAACUCCACAUCGAUGCUACGGGAGCUGCAUGCAGUGGGUCUGACGCCCAAUCAACAGCAGCAGCAGCAGCAGCAGAGCCAACAGCAGAAUUCCACGUCCACGCCGAACAACAACAACAACAGGAGCAGCAGCAACAACAACAACAACAGCAGCAGCAGCAGCAGCAGGAGCAAAUCGAUGAAACGUAAACGUGAAUUGAAAUGCGAAUACUGCCCAUCGACCUUCAUCAGUAACAACAACCUGCGACGACACAUGUAUGAGCUGCACAAGCAUGAGGUGAGUAGCCUGCCAGCACCGCCAGUGAUUGUGGUGGAUGAGCCGCUCAGCUGCCGACGCUGUGGCGACAUUCAAUUCGAGACAAAAGAACUGUGGAUCGAGCAUAAGCUGGCCGAUGCGAAGGUGGUGCGACCCUUUUGUCCCUUCCAAUGGGGCUGUGACAUGUGCGGCGAGUACUUGUCGCGCAAAGAGAAGCUCAUGAAUCACAUCAACAAUCAUUUGAAGGAGGAUGUCAUUGUGCCAGUGGCCACACAAGCGGCCAUUGACAGAGAACGUGCAGCAUCAUCAUCGUCAUCCUCAGCAGCAUCAUCAUCCGAGGCAACAACAUCGAAAGCAAAGACAUCAGCCUCAGCAUCAGCAUCCGUGUUGGUUGAGCAGAAGCCAUCCGGCGCAGCGUUGCAAAAGAAAACGGAAGAGAAUGGUGGACUGGAUGCAGCGGUGGCGACAGCGGCAGAGUCGGUGAAGGCAGGCGAAGAUGAUAGCGAAAUGGAGGAUGUCGACAGCUCAGACGCUGAUGAAGAAAGCUCUGGCACAGGGGAUGAGGAAGACGACGAUGAUGAUGAUGGCGAAGAGGACGAUGACGACGACGAUGAUGAAGAAGAUGAGCUGCAGGACGACGACGACGACGACGAUGAUGAUGAAGAAGAGGGUGAGGGUGAAGAUGAAGAGGGUGUGCCCCCACCAACACCUGCCGCACAAUUGUUGCAACACAAACAGCCACAACAACAACAACAACACAAAGCCAAUAGCAAUAAUAUUGACAGCGUUGAUGAUCUCGUCGAGGAAGUGAACAGCUCUGAUGAUGAGGAGCCCGAUGGCGAAGUAGGGAGCGAAAGUCAAACCCAAAGCGACGAGGACGAUGAAGAAGAUGAUGAAGCUGACAUUGGUGAGGAGGAGGAGGAUGAGGAGCUGGGUUCGGCCCAGCCCCUGACUAAUGGCAAGUCGAAAGAGCAUAAUGCGACGCCCCAACAGCAAAUGGAGCAAAUUUUGCCCAGCUCUGACGAGGAAGGCGAGAACGAGAACGAGAACGACAACGACAACGUAGAGGAAGAUGGUGGCAAUGCAGAUGGACAUACAUUGGCCAUUGAAGACAUUAUUGAAGAAGAAUAUGAUGAAGACGAUGAUGUGGAGGAGGUAUACGAUGAGCAGAAUGCUGAUGGUGGUGCCACAUCGUCGGUAUCAUCCUCAGAGAGCGAAUCAACAUCCUCGACCACAUCCCAUUCGCAUUCAACUGGUGAGCGGCGUAAGAAGGCUGGCGGCGAUCAGUCGUCGAAUCCCAGCUUCACCUGUGAUCUCUGUCAACUUUGUUUCGAUUCCCAGGAGCUUCUACAGUCUCACAUCAAAAGUCAUUUUCGCAAUGGCCCAAAAAUCUCUGCCCCACAAGCAACAGCCACAGCAGCCGCAACCGCAACGGCAACGGCAACGGUAACGACGGUUGCAACGGCGACGACUGUUCCCAGUAGUUGUAACAACAAUGGCUCGACAAAUUCCUCCUCAAAGCACUCUCCAGCAGCGGCCAGAGGUGGCAGCAGUAGCAAUUGAGGGGAUCAUCAUGGGUACUCGUAUUAUCACAGUCCAAAGAUCGUCCACCAUCAACCUCGUCAGAGUUGCCACUUGAACCAACUUGUACAAAGCCAGCCAGCUAGAGUCAGGAGCUGUGAAGAACCCAGCCCUUUUCCUCCUCGCCCCCAUCAGCGUCAUCUUCAUCAUCUUAAAAUCCAUCUUCGCCACACAAAAACACAACAUGAAGAACCAAAAUCAUGCAAAAUGAUCGUCAGAGAAAAACGCAUUCCAUGUCCAUGCAUACAACAAGCAGCAGCAGCAGCAGCAGCAGCAGAUGCAACACAUUUAUGUAUAGAGAGAGAGGGAGAGGGGCGGGAUUGCGUGCGUGUGUGCCAGCCACCACAUAGUAGAGUUUAUUCUUGCUUCUAGUCUUAAGGCAUACCUUAUACAACAUAAUACAUAUACAUUUAUAUAGAUUUAUAUAUCAACGUAAACUAUCUAAGAGAAAUAAGAUCCUUUUUUUUUUUACAAUGUUGAACUAGUUUUUACGCACGCACGCACGCACGUACACACAAAAACACACACACACACACACGAAAGAGCACUGGGGGGUAGGACGCAUAUUCUAGCUAUAAGAUUUUUUGCUUAGAUAACCUACUUAUAUAUAUAAAAUAUAUAGCGUACAGAUAUAAGCAACUACAUAUGUAGGCAGAACAAACACCUCAAUUAUUAAGCAAACGUUUAUGACUCACCAAA